AUGCAGACUCUUCUCUACCUGCCUGAGACCCUUAGGUGUGUCUUGCUGAGUUGUGAGGUUGCUAAAAGCACCUGGAAUGCCCUUUCAGUGGGGCAGUGCAGACGUGGGAUUUGGAAAUCCUUAGUAAAGUUAUUUUUCUCUAGGUUCUGUCAGAUGCUGUUAAAAGAUCAUAAUUGGGCAGCUCGACAGCCUUUCCACCAACUGCUGCAGAAGAAACCAUCUCUUCCGUCUGCAGUGUGGCAUCGUGCAGUGAGAGGCAUGUUUAUUCAGACUCAGGACACACCAAAUCCAAAUAGCUUGAAGUUUAUUCCGGGGAGGGAAGUGCUGGAGUCGAGGACGAUGGAGUUUUCCACACCAGCUGCAGCAUUUUGCUCACCUUUAGCAAGACAGUUAUUCAGGAUUGAAGGAGUUAAAAGUGUUUUCUUUGGACCAGACUUCAUCACGAUCACCAAGGAGAGUGAAGACCUGGACUGGAACUUACUGAAACCAGAUAUUUAUGCAGCUAUAAUGGAUUUCUUUGCCUCUGGUUUGCCUGUGGUCACUGAUGAGGCACCCAAGACAGAUACAGCUGCUUCCGAAGAAGAUGAUGAAGUUGUGCUGAUGAUUAAGGAGCUGCUGGAUACAAGGAUAAGGCCGACGGUGCAGGAGGACGGUGGGGAUGUGAUUUAUAAAGGCUUUGAGGAUGGCAUUGUGCAGCUGAAGCUGCAGGGCUCGUGCACCAGCUGCCCCAGCUCCAUCAUCACCCUGAAGAACGGGAUCCAGAACAUGCUGCAGUUCUACAUCCCCGAGGUGGAAGGCGUGGAACAGGUUGUUGACGACGAUGAUGACGUGGAGAAAGAAGCAAAUUCUACUUGAGUUGCAUCAUCUGUGGCCAAAUCCGCCUUCACCUCCUGGUGUGUGUAAACUGUGCUGAGGAACAACCCAAUCCGCCUGUUCAGAAACAUAGUUGCACUUGCCUGGGAAAGUGUGUCAUCAGUGUAAGCAGCUUGUCCACUAAUUUAUUAAAUGCCCUCCACUAAAAA